AUGACUAUCACUACCACUGCGACUACUGCUGCUGCUGCUGCUGCUACUGCUGCUAUUCCUACUACUUCUACUACUGCUGUUGCUACUGCUACUGCUGCUACUGCUACUGCUGCUGCUACUCCUACUACUGCUAUUGCUGCUGCUGCUACUACUACUACUGCUGCUCCUACUCCUAUUGUUACUUCUAUUGCUACUACUGCUACUGCUGCUGCUAUUAUUACUACUGCUACUCCUGCUACUACUACUACUAUUGCUGCUACUGCUACUACUGCUGCUGCUGCUGCUACUCCUACUACUACUGUUACUGCUACUGCUACUGCUACUGCUACUGCUCCUACUGCUACUAUUGCUACUACUACUGCUACUGCUCCUACUACUGCUGCUGCUGCUGCUCCUACUCCUGCUACUACUACUAUUACUACUAUACUACUAUUCAACGAAUACUAA